CGCUCUUCCUAGCGGGUUCACCUAUCAUUAUACCACCACCACCACCGGUACUCACCCAUCCCGCCCCUGAAAAAGGGAGCAGCCUCGAUAGCUUUCACUCUUCACACUUCCUUCUUCCAUUUCCCCUUAACCCGCCUUCCUGUUCACCCUUACAUUAGAAACACGAACCCAUACGCCAUUCCGUUCAUCCUCGCCAUCCCUUUCUUCACCCACUUUCUUUGGCCCUGAGCUCCCUUCGCCGUUCGCCCCCCAGAGGGCUCCCCCCCAUACCACAUCGUCCAUCGUCCACGAUGCGCUUUUCAACAUUUAUUCCAUUACUAUUCGCUGCUCUUGCGGCCCCGCUAGUGGUCGGAGAGCCUAUCCAGACCGCUCGGACUGCUAGUGUUGCUACUGUAGCACCUGCUUCGGCUGCUACUUUGCCGGCGAAGGUUGAAUCGGAAGUCAAAGCUCCUGAUAUCAUCGAGUUGACAACGGGGAACUUCUGGACAACUAUCGGGAAGAGUUACUGGUUUGUGAAGGGAUACUCGCCGACGUGUCCACACUGUAUUAAGGCCGCCCCUAUAUGGAAGCAAUUGCACGACAAGUACGCGACCCAGGUGGUAGAUUCAGGGACUCCCCCUUCGCCUAAUUCGAACCCUGGAUCCCCGUCUUCUAGUCCAACCUUCACGGAGAAAUAUGACUUUCACUUUGCCAAUAUUAAUUGCGUUUCCUACGGUGAUAUCUGUGCCGAUAAGAAGGUUGGAAUUGAGAUGUUCCCUAGCUUUAUCCUCUUCAAGGAUGGAAAGGCUAUCGAGCAGUACCCGAUAGAAGCGGACCGCACUGUGGAGGAUAUGUCUAAAUUCGUCGAUAAGUACAUUGUGGAAAUCGCUGCCAAGUCAAAUCGCAAUCUUGCUCUUCCGAAAACCAUUUACGAUGAAUCGAAGAACCCUGAGGGUAAGAGUGUCGCAUUGGCUGCGGAUGAUUUCUUGAAAGAGGUUAUCGGGACCGGUGAUGGAUGGUUUAUCAAGUUUUAUGCUCCUUGGUGCCAGCAUUGCCAGGCAUUGGCUUCAACAUGGGCCGAGCUUGGCCGUGAGAUGAAGAACCAGCUUAACAUUGGAGAGAUCAAUUGCGAGAACGAUAGACGUCUUUGCAAAGAGCUCAAGAUUCGCGGAUAUCCGACCAUUAUUUAUUUCCAGCACGGUGAAAGGAUUGAGUAUAAUGGUCUUCGUGGUCUCGGAGAUCUUGUCUCGUUUGCCAAGAAAGCUGUCGAUUCAAGCAUUAAGGAAAUUGAGUUCACCGACUUUGAGGAGAUGGAGAAGGGUGGUAUGGAGGUUGCUUUCUUGUUCUUCUACGAUUCUGCCACCACCACCGAAGACUUCAAGGCUAUGGAGAGGCUUCCCUUGACCCUUAUUGGCCAUGCUCCUCUCUUGAAGACUAAGAGUGAGCUUCUCGCUAGACGUUUCAGAAUAACCACGUGGCCCAGGCUUAUAGUUGUUCGUGACGGCCAUCCGAGCUAUUUCCCGGGUAUCUCCCCGGGUGCCAUUCGUGAUUUUGGCCGUGUCACCGGAUGGGCGCGCACUGUUUGGCUUCCCAUCCUCCCCGAGCUCUCUGCAUCCAACUCGCAUGAAGUUAUGAAUGGGAAGACUGUUGUUCUCGGUAUAUUAUCUAGGGAUAGGCCCAAGGACUUUGCCGCUGCGAAGAAGGAGCUUAAGGCGGCUGCCCUAGAGUUUAUGGAUCAGCGCCAGCUUCAGGAGAAGAACGAGAAGCAGGAGUUGAGAGACAAAAAGCAACUUCGAAUCGAAGAGGCUGAAGACAGAAAUGACCAAAGGGCUCUCAGAGCCGCGAAGAACAUGAAGAUUAACUUGGAGAAGAAGAAGGAAGUUGGCUUUGCCUGGGUUGAUGGCGUCUUCUGGGAGCGCUGGGUCAGGACUACGUAUGGCAUUAACGUUGGGGAGAUGGGCGAGAGAAUUAUUGUUAACGAAGAAGAUACCAAACAAUAUUGGGAUACCACGCUCGAGGGCACUGCCAUUGUCCCCUCGCGCUCGACUAUCCUCGAUACCCUCAAGGCUGUCAUUGCCGAGCAUCCUCGCAUCAGAAGCAAGAGUACUACGAACAGGUUCGAGACUGCAUACUACCAGAUCAGGGCUAAGGUUUCCAACCAUCCUUUGGUCUCGUGGUUCCUCCUUGCCUCUGUCGUUAUCGCGCUAGCCGUUUGGGGUCGUGGACGGAUGAAGAGGCGGGGCACUGGUGGGUUCUUUAGGCUUGAGUCUACCAAGGAGGAAGGUGUUGGUGGAAAGGUUGAUUAAUUGAGUAGUGUGGCGUAGUGUCGGUGUGCCGGGAGGGAAAUAGGAUGGGGGUGGAGUAACAUCUAAAUGUGCAUGGGUUUUUUGUUUUCUUGUCUCUUAUUCAUCUUUUUUGUGUAUCUUGCGAAUUCACCUUUGUUUCUAUUUCUACUGAUGGCAAUCUUGGUUUUUUUUUCACCCCCUAUUUCGUUUCCUUAGACUUGGAUCGGAAAAUGAAGGGUUCGGCAUUGGUCUUAGGGCUGGGGGGCUAAAGUAAAGCUCUCAUGCAGGUAGUAUCGAUUGUUUCAUGGGAUUCGGCUAUCGCUGAUGUGUGGGGAUAGGUGGAUUGGUAGGGGCCUAGGGCGUUGGAAUGGGAAGAAGAAUGGAAGGAGUGGGGGAAUAGCAGGGCAAUAUAAUUUUCACUCUCCUA